UGUAUCUGUCACCUUUCUAUUUAAUUUGUAUCCUAAUUCUGGUCUCACUUUCCUUUAAUUUAUUAGCCCCUGAUGAGAAUCCCAAGCAACGCAGUUUACAUAUAGCGAUUUGUGUUUUCUUGCUCGUCCUUUUUCUCUUCUCUGGUAUUUUUAGUGCUGUUUGGAGAAGAGGAAGGAAAAAUAUCAAAACGGCGGCAACAAAGAAAGAAAGAAGGAAAAUAAUAAUGGGUAGAGGGAAAAUUGAGAUCAGGAAGAUAGAGAAUCUGAACAGCCGACAGGUUACGUUUUCGAAACGUCGAACUGGGUUGCUCAAGAAAGCCAAGGAACUCUCGGUUCUUUGUGACGCAGAGGUUGCAGUCAUUAUUUUCUCUAGCACAGGAAAGCUCUAUGAAUUUUCCAGCAACAGCAUGGAACACAUUCUUUCAAGAUACAGCAGGAGUCUGGAAGUAGAUUAUCCAGAACAUCCUUCGCGUGAGCAUGCGGCAGAGCAGGUACAAGAUGAUAUGAAUACACUGAAGGAUGAAUUAGGGAAGCUGCGGUUGGGAUAUAUGCGGAUGUUGGGAAAGGAGCUGGAUGGCUUAAACUUCAAUGAGCUCCAGAACUUAGAGGACCAGUUGAGUGAAGGGGUAUUAUCGGUGAAGGACAAGAAGGAGGAAGUACUUCUAGAGCAACUUAAGAAGUCCAGAUUACAGGAGCAAAAGGCCAUGCAGGAGAAUGAGGCCCUGCGCAAACAGCUUGAGGAAAAACGAAGAAGCGUCCCCAAGUCAGUUUUCCUUGAAUUCGAGCCUAUGGAGAGGAGGUUUUCCCAAGCAGGUUCAAAAGUUGUUUCUACCUCAUCUGAGGAAAAUGAGCAUUCAGACACUUGUUUGCAUUUGGGGUUGUCAGCAGAUGCUACUCGUCGCAAGAGAAAAGCACAAAAGAUCGAACACAUGAUAUGCAAUGACUCAGGGAGUCAAGUGGCCUCGGAGUGACAUUUUUCAUUACAAGAAAUCGUGUUUUGCAGUUAGAGAACUUCCAUACUUUACAUGUAUUAGCUGCUACAAGCAGUACUUAGUCUUUCUUCUUCUUAAUUUGGCAUCUAGACAUUAUAGAAGUAUUGAGAUAAAAUUCAGGAUUUUUUUUUUUGGUUUCUGUAAAUGAUAAGUAUUCCAAGACAUGGAAGUAAGCUUUUCUGUUCAUUUACGCACAAGGCUGAUCUUAAUGCAAAUGGAUGUGAUUUUGAACUCUA